UUAUUUCCAGUGACUUUGUUUUUAUGAUAAACUUGAUCUCCAUAAACGGCUCAAGGCAACAAACCCUGGAAACAAGUAUGCCAAAACUUGUUAGAAUAUACAAGUUUCGGGGACAGUUGUUCUGAGGCCCUGUUGCAACCUCGUUUCCAGUGCCUGCUCAAAUGCUGUUUUAUACGCCACUUCUAGUAACAAGGCAGUAAUUUAACUACUUCAUAAAAAUAUAUUUAUUUAUUAAAUGUUUGUAGACCUAAGGGGUCCAGAAAAAAAGAGCGUGGAAAAAAGUGUCAAGUUCAGCUCUCCUUCGUCGGGUUUUAAUUGAUACGAGUCUUUUUUUAGUUUCCACUUUCUGCAUUCAAGAUGGCGGAUGUAGAUAUACGAGAUGCUCAACCCAGUGAUUGUAAAUUUAUUUUACAAAUGAUUAAAGAAUUAGCUGUUUAUGAAGACGAACCUGAAAGUAGAGUAAAUUUAACCGCGGAAAUUUUGCAAGAGGAUGGAUUUUCCUCUGAUAAAUGGUUUUACAGUUUAGUUGCCGAAGUGGAAGUAAGCAAAGAAAAGUUGGUUAUUGGGUAUGCACUGUUUUUUAGGACAUAUUCAACUUGGGAUGGACGUUCAAUGAAGAUAGAAGAUCUUUAUGUUAAACCAGAGUAUAGAAAACUUGGAGUGGGUCGAAAACUUUUACAAGGAGUCACAGCUAGAGCACUUGAAGAGAAAUGCAUUCGUGUUCACUGGUGCAUUCUUGCUGAAAAUGAGCCAGCGAUCAAAUUUUAUGAAAAAUUAGGAGGCGAAAUUCAACAUGAAUGGAAAGUGUGUUAUUUAGUUGAAGAAAAAAUGAAAGCGCUUGUAAAGUAGACACGAGCUGUAGUUUAUUAUUUUUGAAAUUUAAUACUUUUUUAAAAAAUGCUUCUGUUUUUAUUGCUCAGCUUUUUAAAUAGUCAUUAACUAUGGAACACAGUGUUCUGAAUUUGCCGGCAUGUCGUCCUGCUUGGACUAUUUACUAAACCAUUUCGGAUUUCCUUUUACUUAAGCAUGCGUAGUUGGUUGGGUUUAAAGGUUAGACGCUAUGCGUUCAAGUGAUGAAAUGAAUGGCUGCAUGUUAUAUUUUUUUUCUAAUUUUUUUCUUUUUUACAUUCUCCAUACAAUCCUUAUUUUGCCUCAAUUUUUUUUUUAUAUCUUUUAAUUAUUCUUUGCUUUUUAAGUACUUGUAAUAAAACAAACGCAAAAUAAUUUUUAAACACGUUCUCUUUAGUUAAAAAAUUUACGUGUUGAUUCUGCACGUGAGUUUAUGCUAUCUAGCUCUCCACCGCCACCGCUCGAAGAGUAUUUUUUAUUUUUCCAGCAUAGCUCCUAAAUUACCGAUUUUGAUUUAAUUUCCACAAUCUUUUUUAAAGCCGUUAUUCAUUAUUUUGCGAUAUAGUUGAGAAUUUUCUAAAAACGUAGAUAAACAUUUUAAGAAACUUGUCAGGCUCAAAUA